AUGGAGCGUAUCUUCCCUAGCAGCGAGCAUACGAAUCGCAGUUUGUGGAACGCAUAUAUGCCUCACGCCCUACUGUUGAUCGAAAGAGCGUAUCCCCAAUACUCAACUAAAGGCCAUGGAUUGCUUUACAGGGUCUCAUUAUGCCUUUUGGCCGACGGUCAGACCAGAAAAGCACUCGGUUGGCUUAUGCAGCGGAACAAUCGAGCUAAUGGCCAGAUCGGCGAGGCAGUUGAGCUGCUUAAGCAUGUGGUUGCAGUGCAAGCCGCCCUGGCUGAAGACCACCCUGAUCGGCUUGUGUCCGAGCAUGUCCUUGCUAUAGCAUAUCAAGCUAAUAGCCAGAUCGGCGAGGCAAUUAAGCUGCUUGAGCAUGUGGUUACAGUGCGAGAAACUGCCCUGGCUGAAGACCACCCUGACCGGCUGGCGUCCCAACAGGUGCUGGAGGUGGUCCAACGGGAGUAUGAGGAAGGGCUAUGUCACAAAUAA